UGGAGAUCAGGAGGAACUGUCUCUGUGCUGUUGGUCCGUUGCUACCGGGAAGGAUUAAGAGUCGGCCCUAGGUCUGAACGUCAUCACACUGACUGACGUGACAAACAAAAGAACAACAACAGCAGAAGAGUUCUUGUCUAUGUAACAACAAAUCAAAUGUCAUCUGGUGCAGCCGAUGAGUCACAGCUCUUUCCUCUUGAUGCAGCCAAAAGAAGGUGCAGGCAGCAACACGCAGCUCCAUGCCGGGAGUGAGCAGAUGAAAUGAGAAGGCAUGUUGAAGGGAGGGAGGCGACUCGCUCUUGGGGAAUGUCUUAAAUGCGGCAUCACUUGUUCACCUCGGCUAAUUACUGUGUGGGUUGUCAAAACUGCUGUUGUUCCUGUUGCAGCUCAGUCACUCAGGUAUGAGGGACUAGGACUCUUUCAGGAAAUGAACGUUUAUAGGAGCUUUGGAAACCUCAUGGAAGCCUGGGUAAAUGAAGGAAAUCUCUAUGCAGACCCUCCUACACCUUCCUCUGAAAGUGGAGCCGACUUCCGCUCAUAUUCAGUGGACUCUGGAGUGGAGACGGCCAGCUCUGACACAUCUUUUCCUGUUUCGUCCUCGUUCUUUUUGACAGAAAACGCGGAAAUAGAGACAUUUACGCCAGAGAUACAAAGUCAUGGAUUCACUCCAGCCUCCACACCACAGUCUCCUGCUCCAUCCUCCCCUGUGCCCUCUUUUUCUUCUCCCCCAUCUUUGUCUCCACAACUGUCUCUCAGCCAACCUUUGGACGGACGCCACGCCAUGCACUUGAAAAUGGAAGAGACAGGACAGACAUCUGACUCCGAACCUCAGAAGGACAGUCCACGGCCUCUCACGGUGGUGGAGGAAGUGCUGAGACGACGGCCUCGAUCGUCUUUUCUGCCCAAACGGCACGCAUCGGAAUUAUUGAAAGGUCCGCGGAGGACAGCCCACCCUGCUCUGUUCCUCAAGCAGAUUUCAGAAACUGUCACACGGCCAAGGUCCGUGAGCUGUGACCAACAGACGUUGGAGGAGCGGGGCAGAGAAGCCAGGGUUCUGAGUCCAGGGCUGUUGUACCUGGAGCAGGUUUGCCAAAUCUUGGAGGAUAUCGCCAAACAGCAGAUGCAAAACAGAGAGACGCAGGCUGAGUUCGACACCCUGUGUGAACACCAGGAGCUGCAGGUGAGCCAGGCUGCUGGCAGCUGUCAUCCCGAAGCUGGGGACGAGCUCACUUUUCGUCAAGGUGUCAGAAAUGACGAAAACCGAGGGCACAGAGCCACUGAUCCACAGCAGCGGAAGAAAUACCAACAUGGACAUUUCCGACAGAGGUCGGCCUCAGACACAACUAUUGCAACGCUGCAUUUAAGAGAGAUGAAUUUGAACAGCAGAGGGCAGCAUUUGAGAAAAGAUGACCUGGUAGAGAUCCCAGAUGAGGACCAAACGACAGAGGAGUGUAAAACUGUGGAGAGCAAGAGACCCGAUAAGAACUGGAGAACAAGAAUUGCGUCUCUGAGAAGAGAGGUGUCUAAUCAGAAGGAAACAAGGAGCCAGCAGAUGCAGCCAUCUGAGAAGAACUCUGCAAGGAGGCGCUUCAGUCAGCUCUUCAGAAUGAGAAGGAAGACCCUGCCCCAGUGAAGUAACAGCAGGUACAGCUGACAGUACCUGUUGUUUGGACAUUUUGCUGUUUCAACACUCUGCAGGAAAGAGAAUUCCUUAGUGUACAUGAGCACUUACAGCACCUCCAUGCUGUACUGCUGUGUUUACUUAUUACUCAGGGUGCUUUGCUGUACAUGUUCCUUCAUUUUUUUAUACUGAAUAAUCGUUUUUCAAUUUUUAGAAAAAAAAACUGUGACUCAGAGUAAAAGAGAUUAAUUAGUUUUUCAUAGUUUUGAAGCCGAAAAUACUUAUCGACCUUUUUUUGCACCAUUGUAAAUAUGAGAUAAAUCAGUAUAGAUUUUACUGUCUUAAUACACGUGUAUUUUUUAUUGUUAUUUUUUAUUUUUUUGCACAAACUGUAUAUAAUAUGAAAAUGGUUAAAACCUUAUACCUUGUACAUCAUUUACCGUUUACCGUAAGCUUAGCAUCUGAGUAUUUUGUAUUUUCAUCAUAUGUAGGGAUGUCCAAUAAUAUCUGCCGACCGAUAAUAUCAGCCCGAUAUUAGCAUAAUUAUGUAAUAUCUGUAUGAAUCGUUAUCAGUUUUUCACCUGAUACUGAAAACCUGAUAAUGCAAUACCUGGGUUUCGACAAAUGAUGUGGGCUCUAAAAAUAGUGCAAGUCCCCAGUACUCUGAAGAACUUUUAAUGAAACACAAUUGCAGUAUCAUGUUUUAAACUCCUUCUUUGCCCAGCUUCUCCAAAAUCGACUUUUCCUCCCUCACACUCUCUGCACUCUCUUCCUCAUACACACACGCGCGCUCCCACUACACCUCCUCACGGCCCCUCCUAUACCUGUAACUGUUAACUCCAACAUGAACAGAGCAUUAUCAACACUAAACCUCUAGUCACUAGAUGGCAGCAUUGCAGCUCAUUUUAUUAAUCUAUUUGGAUAAUCAGGGGAUUAUAUACAGAAUGUUGGUGCCUGCAACUCUGACAGUGGUUUGUACAGAUAAAUAAAUAAUUAUUACAAUUUGCUCAGUAUUAUGGCUUUAACUCAUCACCUUAGUGAGCGGGCAGCACUUAACUUCCUUAACCACCAGGUCACAACUUCCCGGCUAUAUCGGAUAUCGGCAAAAAGUUAAUAGAGGACAUCCCUAAUCAUAUGUAAUCAUUUAUUUAUUUGAACAAAACUUAGCUCUUUCACUGACAUCACUAACUGAACCUGCCAUAAUCAAUCAAGAGGGGAUCUGCAGAAACGAGUGUAGUGCCCCCAGUGGACAACACCUUAUCCUUUCUACUUGUUUUGUUCAUGACCAUAAAAACAAACAAAGGUAAAUCCCUGAUUUUUAAACAUACAUUAAAGAUUGACCCCAAAAACGCUUAGGCCACACACUGAGUCUCUUUUAUUUUGAUUUAAUCUUUAUUCACCUAGGUUGGGGGGACGCACCGCCCCUGGCAUUCCCAUGUAAAGAGAUGUCAAUGACAAACACAUCCAACCAAACAAGAGAAGGGUGAAUAGGAUCCAGUUCAUACAUAAAAUACACAUAUCUACUAUUUAUUGAACCACCAGCAUUCACCAGUCCCACACAGCAUCUCUCUGUGCUAUUAAAUAUAUAUAAGAUAACAUCUGUGGGUGGGGGUUAUUUACCGUGGGAGGGGGGGUCCUGGCAGAGAGGAUCGAGCUUAUAGACGUAGAGUGGCGGUGAAGGGCCGACCUGGAGUUCUUCCUGCAGCCUGCGUCCUC